CACCGCCGCAGUCGCCGCCGACACCGACCAUCUCGCUGACAUUUGGCCUGCGCCAGUCCUCAUCUCUCAACCCACCCACUAAUGACAGUCACGAUAGAGACAAUAGCGGUGACACCGGCUCCAGCGUCCCAGACGCGGCCGUACGAGCCGCGCGCGCCGCUCGUGAACCAGGUCGACGCCGAGGGGCUCGACGACGGUAUCGCCAGUCUGUUGUCGGACGGUGUCGAGCGCGCCGUGUCGCGGUUUCGACCAUCCCUCGCGCCAGACUUCAAGCCCGAGAUCGAGCUCGUGCUCAAGGCGGCUGUGUUCGCCGCCGGUGUGCUCUCAUCUUCGGCGGCUAGCCCCGGCGCGGCGCUCCAGAACCUCCGUCUCGCCAGCUCACGAGGAAGUAGCGGAAAGCCAACGCGCUCCAUCCUCGUCCUCUACAUCCUCCUCAACCCGUCCCUCCUCCCCUCGUACCUGCUGUCCAGGGCACGCACGACAGCACUAUCACGGCAGUGGCCCGACCUGCCGGCCCACGACCCGCGGCGCAAGGCAUGGACGCUGCUCGUGCGGAUUGAGAACCUCGCGCGCGCGUGGGAGCUGGCCGGGUGGGGCUUGUUCCUCUACGAUCGCGAGUACCCCUCGCUGCUCAUGCGCAUCCUGGGCCUCAAGCUCGUACCGACGAGCCCACACCUCGCCCGCAUGGUGUCGUACGAGUUUAUGAACCGCCAGCUCGUGUGGGGUGCCAUGACCGAGUUCCUCAUGUUCGCGAUCCCGCGCUUCCCCGGCCUGCCGCGCGUGCUCAACCCCGCCGUGCUCGCCGCGCCCGUCAAGGCGUUCCUCUCGCAGCCGACCAUGAUCGACUACGAGGCGCUCUCGGCCGCGCACACGGCGACCAACACGGCCAAGAAGAAGGGCGCGCCGGUCCCCGUCGCGGCGCAUGCCGGCGUCGUCGCUGGCAUCCCGCGGCAUACGUGCCCCGUGUGCUAUCUGCGGCGCACGACCACGCCCGUCGCGAUUUCCGGAACCGACAUCUCGCUGCCCCCACUGACGGCGGACGACGCGGCAGCCAACGACGAGGCAAAUGACAACGAGGACAGGAUCUUCAUCCCAGCACAGACAGACUGCUGGGGCGGGUGCAAGUACUGCUACUACUGCAUCGCGGACGAGCUCGCGCGCUGGGACAAGGAGCAGGCCGAGGUCGCGGGAGGCAAGGUGCGCAAGGCGGACAAGUGGACGUGUCUGCGCUGCGGCGGCGGCGUGACGCGCGCGUGGAGGGCCGGCGCCGAGCCCCUGUCUGUCGAGACGACGUCUGAGAGCGAGGCGGCGGGCACGGGCAGCGAGAGCGAGUGGGAGGUGGUGAACGGGGACGCCGCGGUGGGGUCCGCCCCGGGGUCGGGGCCAGCGAGCCCGAGUCCAUAGAUGUGGGCGUGAUUGGGUUAAUGCAGCA